AUGUCAGCCAGGUUCCCUAACGCUCCCAUAAAAAGAAUUGGACAGCUGCAGAAGUUGCUGUCCCAUAACUUCAGCGACAAAGAUGUGGAGGAUGUUUUGCAAGGCGCUGAAAUAUAUAAAGAAGAUCUUCCUUGUUGGUUAGCUUUGAAGGGAGAGCUGAAAAUUUGGCAAGAGAUGAGAGAAAAUAUCCCAGUAUCUCCAGCAGAUGCCUACAAAAGAGCAACGAUGCUGCCAAAUAUUAGAACUCUUUGUCAAUUGCUGUGCACGUUUCCAGUGACUACUAGCACUGCCGAGCGAUCUGUCUCCACCUUACGCCGACUAAAGUCAUAUCUUCGCAACAGGAUGACUGACUUGAAUGGAUUGGCUUCAAUGCAUAUCCAUCAAGACGUUGCGGCAAAAAUGGACGCUAAUGAAGUGAUGGACAUAUUUAGCAGGAAACAUAAAAGAAAACUGUCUUUAUUAAACAUCUAA